UUCAGACUGCUUCGUUCACACUGUGUAAAUUGGCGGGAAAUGAGUUUUCUGUGAGGAAAUGUCCGCCGUAUAGCAGUCGUAUAGUGUUGUGAGUUUCUUAUGUGCAUGACGUGUAUAACAAAAUUUCGCCAAUAUGGGUAUUUUAGGCUUAUCGAAGUUAAUAGCAGACGUAGCUCCGGAAGCUAUCAAAGAGCGAGAAUUGAAACAUUAUUUUGGUCGCAAAAUAGCUAUUGAUGCAUCCAUGUGUUUAUAUCAGUUCCUUAUAGCAGUACGCAGCGAAGGGGCUCAACUCACUACUGUAGAUGGUGAAACAACUAGCCAUUUAAUGGGCACAUUUUACCGCACCAUAAGAUUGGUAGAACAAGGAAUAAAACCUGUGUAUGUUUUUGAUGGAAAACCACCAAACUUAAAAGGUGGUGAAUUAGCCAAAAGAGCUGAGAGAAGGGAUGAAGCACAGAAACUCCUGCAGGCUGCUGAAGAAGAUGGAAAUGUGGAGGCUAUAGACAAAUUUAGCAGAAGAUUGGUUAAAGUUACAAAAACUCAUGCUGAAGAAGCUAAACAAUUACUUCAAUUAAUGGGCAUACCUUACAUUGACGCUCCAUGUGAGGCUGAAGCACAAUGUGCCGCUUUAGUGAAAACUGGUAAAGUUUUUGCAGCUGCUACUGAGGAUAUGGAUGCACUUACUUUUGGCUCGAAUGUACUGCUUCGACGAUUGACUUUUAGUGAAGCCAGAAAAUUGCCCGUACAAGAGAUUCAUUUUGAUAAGGUUCUUGCAGGUUUGGAGUUAAAUCAUAAUGAGUUUAUUGAUCUUUGCAUCAUGUUGGGUUGUGAUUAUACUGGUAGCAUUAAAGGUGUUGGUCCAAAAAGGGCAAUAGAAUUAAUAAAAAAUUACAGGUCUCUUGAAAAAAUCAUUGAAAAUAUAGACACCAAAAAAUAUCCUGUACCGGAAGACUGGAAUUAUAAAGAAGCAAGAUUAUUGUUUCAAGAACCAGAAAUAUCGAAUGCUGAUGAUAUCCAAUUAAAAUGGUCUGAACCAGAUGAAGAAGGUUUAAUAAAGUUUUUAUGCGGUGACAAACAAUUUAAUGAAGAGCGGGUUAGAAACGGAGCUAAGAAACUUCACAAGGCUCGAAAUACAUCCACGCAAGGACGAUUGGACUCUUUCUUCAAAGUUUUACCGAACUCUAACUCGAAUUCAACGCCAAAACGAAAGGCGGAAGAAAAAAAGACACCGGCUAAAAAGGCAAAGGCAGGUAACAGUAAGUUUCGCGGUAAAGCAAAAUAAGCAAAAUAAGAUUAAUAUUACAAAUUUAAUAAAAAUGUACAAUAGAGCUAAUCGCAUAUAUACUUCUAUUGACUUGAUAAGUAUCGAAAUUUUAUUCCAUUAUAACAUGUCUUAUACUUAUUUUAUUUUUUGCGUUUUAUAUUGUAAUUUUAAUUGGUAAAUCUCGCAUAUAUGACAUUUCUAUUUAUUUCAAAAAUAUAUCAUGUACAAUAUU